AUGCACUCAAAACUCCUUUCCUACACGCUGUGCCUCCUACCCCUAGCGCAAGCGGGCAAAACUCUCAUCGACGCAUCCUGCUUCGACUCCAACGAGGCCCUCGAAGAAUACUUCGACUACCUCUACCCCUGGGGCGAAGACCACAACGGCUCCGCGCGCAUGGUCGGCAACUCCACCGAGCACGAGUACGUCUCCGUGGAGAGCGGCACCUUGACGCUUGUCGCGAAGCCAGCCAGCGGACAGCCGCCCACCAAGGGCGGAGACGAGAUCCACUACCUGUCUGGCGCGGUGCACUCCAAGGAUACGUUUACUGUGGAGGCUGGUUCCGGGUUUGACAUUUCGGUUGAGCUGCAGGCGACUGUGGACAAGGGCACUUGGCCUGCGUUUUGGUUGAAUGGGGCGGAGAGCUGGCCGCCAGAGAUUGAUUUGGCGGAGUGGAAGGGAACCGGCGAUAUCAGCUUCAACACCUUCAACUCUUCUUCCGAGGUCGAAGAGCACAACACCGAAUACGCUUCUCCCGAUGACUUCCACACCGUUAAGACAGAGAUUCGGGAUGUAGACGGCACGAACAUCUCCGUCCAAUUCUACCUCGACGAUACCCUCAUGGCGACACAGCACGGGGGAGAAUAUGUCGGGAAGCCAUUGCACUUGAUUAUCAACUUGCAAAUGGAAGGCUCGUCGGGAACUCCAGGACCUGAUACUGACACUUUUUACCGCAUUCGGAACCUUUCUUUCGAACAGAUUUGA